AGUUGCAUAUCUUUUCCAUCCUGCCAUAAUCAUCAUAGAACAGUAGAUUAGAGACCUUAUACGAUAUUACAGCUGUUUAGUUGCAAAUAACACAAUCCUGAAUUAAAUGAUUGAUUCAAAGUGAGAUUGCAAAUUGUUUGUGAAGUUUUACACGGUUGUAACCAGCGCCUGAACUAUUCCUUCAAAGUAUCGCAGCAAAAAUAACUUUUAUUUUUGUUUCAAGGACUGCAUAAUUUCUUCAUUGUUUACGAAAUCGUUUACGUAUUUAUUACCUAAUACCAAUCAAAGUCAGUAAAGCAUCGCUUUUGAUAACUAGCUGUGAUUUAACAGAAGAAUUUCAUUAAAAUGUAUCUUUUAACACAAAGUAUUGUACGUUACUUAGUAGUCGUUGAAUGUGUUUAUUGUACUCCCCCUAAGCGCUCAUAAUGGGUUGCUGGAGCGUCAGUGUCAGUUGCCGCGCAAACAGGAUAAGGGCAAGACUGAAAUGAUUACAGUCACAUAAAAAUAAUUGAUCUCUUUUUGGGCAUUUAUUAUAAAAGUACUUAAAUAUGGAGUCUGAAGAUGACAUUCAGCCUCUGAUUGAGGAGGAAGUUAUAGAGUCUACUACAUCUAGAGAUCUGUAUUUAGAAUUGAAUACUCAGGAAAUUCAUACAGAUCCAGAAUUUGAGCAGGUAGUGUACGGCUACCGGAGAAGUAGAUGGCGGACCAACCUGGUGCACUUCUUCUCAGUGCUUCUCUGCGGAAUACCAGCAUUAUUGUUCCAUUGGUGUCCGACGUGGUAUCUUUACGCGACCUGCACACGGGCUUGCUUCCAACUUGCAGACCAAGUUUUAGUGGUGGAAACAUAUCAGAAGAAAUGCAAGACAUACUACAUACACAAAAUUAUAGAGAAGACAAUAGCUGACACAAGCGGACUGCUGAACGAGGGUUUCGCCGAUGAGGCCGGCGAGAAGAUACCGCACAAAGUUGGGGAUCUAUAUACGCCGCUUCACUUAGAUGAUGGCACCACACUUAACGUGGACAGCUACCGCUACUUCAAGCAUAAGAAACAAUUUCUUGUGUGGGACGGUUCGCGAGCGCAAUGGGCUCUUCUGGCCGGAGUUGAGAGUGGUGCCACAUGCGCGCAGCUACACGCCAUGGGGGCUGUGACACCGGGAGCCGAGAAGAGAGCUCGGAUGUUAAACAUUUACGGGUUAAAUGAGAUCAAAGUCCCAGUGCAAAGCAUCAUGACGCUCAUUCUCCUAGAAGUCAUCAACCCUUUCUACGUGUUCCAAGUAUUCACAAUAGCCGUGUGGCUGGCCGAGCCCUACUAUUAUUACUGCGGGGCUGUGGUGCUCAUGUCUACGUUUGGCGUAGCUACCUCUGUUAUACAGACUAAAAAGAACCAAGAGAGCCUCCGCGCCACAGUGGAAGCGCACGCAUCCGUGCAGUUGCUGGACGGGCGCGAGGUGGACUCGAGGGCCGCGGCGCCCGGCGACGUGCUCGCGCUGCCCGCGCGCGGCUGCGUCAUGCUGAGCGACUGCGUGCUCUUGGCCGGCUCCGCUAUCGUCAACGAGAGCAUGCUCACAGGCGAGUCUGUACCCGUGACGAAAACUGCUUUACUUCGCGUCGACAAGCCGUUCAACUUUAAGGAGCAUGCUUCGAGUGUACUAUUCUGCGGAACGAGAGUCAUUCAAACGAGAUACUACAACAAUGAGCCUGUUAGAGCAUUGGUCCUUCGCACCGGAUACAAUACGAGUAAAGGCCAGCUAGUCCGCAGUAUCCUCUACCCCACUCCCGCCGACUUCAAGUUUGACCGGGAUUCUUACAAGUUUAUUAUAAUAUUGGCCGUCAUCGCUUUAUUGGGGCUUGCAUAUACUGUGGCUCUCAAGGCUUAUCGUCACCUAACUCCCGGCGACAUAGCCAUAAAGGCUCUCGACAUAAUAACCAUAGUGGUGCCGCCGGCUCUACCGGCAGCCAUGACAGUAGGCCGCCUGUACGCCGUGUCGAGGCUCAAGCGGGCGCGUGUGGCCUGCCUCAACACCAGAGCAGUCAAUGUGAGCGGCUCGCUGGACUGCAUAUGCUUCGAUAAGACAGGCACCCUAACCGAAGACGGCCUCGACAUGUGGGGCGCCAUCCCCGUCAGCGCCGCCGGCACCCCUCCACGUCUAUCGCGACCCCUACGUGACCCGCGACAACUGAACGACCUGCACGACCUCAAGCUCGGCAUGGCGGCCUGCCACAGCCUCACCUUACUCAACGGGGAGCUAGCCGGAGACCCGCUGGACCUUAAGAUGUUCGAAUCAACCGGUUGGACGCUAGAAGAGCCCGCAGUGCCCGAAACUACCAACUACGAGCUUCUGACACCAACCAUCGUACGACCGAGUAGGACUGCUAAUAUCAAUGUUGACGAUGUGCAUCUGCCUCUAGAAGUGGGAAUAGUGCAGCAACACCAAUUCGUGUCGUCCCUCCAACGUGCUUCUGUAGUGGCCAGAAUAUUGGGCGAAGAUGUCCUCAGGGUGUACUGCAAGGGCGCGCCCGAGAUGAUCCGGACGCUUUCCAAGAGUGAAACAGUACCCGAAGACUUAGACGAGAUUCUCCACUUCUACGCGGAAAAAGGGUACCGCGUGAUCGCAGUAGGCACAAGAAUGCUCGAGAAGACUCAUAGGGAGCUGCAGAAGAUGACGAGAGAUGAGGUAGAAUGCGAGCUGGAAUUUCUCGGGCUGGUGAUAAUGGAGAACCGCUUGAAGCCGGCCACCACCCCCGUCAUCCGAGAGCUCAAGGAGGCCAACAUACUGGUCGUCAUGAUUACUGGGGACAACAUCCACACGGCGGUGAGCGUGGCCAAGGAGUGCGGCAUCUUAGCUCCGGGCGAGCGCGUGGUGCAGCUGUGCGUGGAGAGCAGCGGGCUUGUGCCCGUGGUCUGCUGCGAGAGCUUCCGCCACGGGGCGCCAGUAGGAAGACGCACCGCGUUGACACGAUCCUGGCGUUCCGUGGACAGCGGCCGAGGGUCCUCCCGCAGUGCCCUGACAGACUCGGAGGCCCCCGCUGAAGACCCCAACUACAAGGUCGUCAUGACUGGAGACACGUGGAAGGUACUACGAGAGCACUAUCCGCAGCAGGUGGCGCGAGUGAUCGAGCGCGGCGCCGUGUUCGCGCGUAUGACGUCCGACCAGAAGCAGCAGCUGGUCACCGAGUACCAGGCUCUGGGCUACUAUGUUGGCAUGUGCGGCGACGGCGCCAACGACUGCGGCGCGCUGCGCGCCGCGCACACGGGCGUGUCGCUGUCCGAGCUGGAGGCCGGCGUGGCCGCGCCCUUCACCUCCGCCGACCCCGACAUCGUGUGCGUGGCCCGCGUGCUGCGCGAGGGCCGCGCCGCGCUCACCACCAGCUUCGGCGUCUUCAACUUCAUGGUGGCUUACUCCUUGACCGAAUUCUUCUCCGUCGCGUUCCUUUAUUACUUCGACUCCAAUUUGACCGACUUCCAAUUCUUAUAUAUAGAUGUCGCUAUGAUUGUUAAUUUCGCGUUCUUUUUCGGCAUGACUGAGGCGUAUAGAGGGAAACUUUGUAAAAUACCACCUUUAACGUCUCUGCUCGGAUUAGUACCUUUAGUAUCUUUAAUCGGCCAGAUGAUUUUGAUUGGUGUAGCGCAGUAUUUAAGUUAUUUCGCUUUAACGUUCUUCCCGUGGUACGAGAGACAUUUAUACGAAGGUGACGAGGCUAAUGAGUGUUGGGAAAAUUAUGCCAUUUUUACAGUAUCUAUGUUUCAAUAUAUAGUUAUGCCGAUAGUAUUUUCACACGGCGCGCCUUAUAGAAGAUCUGUCGUCACUAAUAAACAUCUAAUGAUCAGUGUGGUUAUAAUGACCGCUUUAUCAAUUUAUAUAACGGUCGCGCCGGCAAAAUUCCUGGCAGAAUUUUUACAGCUAAAAAUGCCGAAGGAUAUCUUACUGAGUUAUAUAGUUUUAGCUAUAGCCGCGUUCCAUUUUGUGAUAGCGGUGUUUUUCGAAAGAGUGAUAGUGCAGUAUCUUAUGGAAAGAAAAGAGAUGGUACCGAAAUGUUUGAAAGAGAGACGGGUUAGAAAAACUCCGCAUCUUAUGAUUAAAAGGGAAUUGACAGAUUUGGAUUAUUUGGAAUGUGAUAGUGAGGUAAAAUUUGUGAGAGAGGGGAACUCGGGUAAAUGAAGUUAAACUAAUACAAGAUGUAACCAUUCGUACAAACAUAUUUCUUUGAUUGCUUAGCCAAAACAUAGAAACAAAGAAUUGAAACUGAUAUUAUUUAUUUUUCGCCGCGCGCGCAAGAAGAUAUUUGUCGUUUUUAUUACGUUUACAUUGACGUGGCGUUUGCUUUGUGUAUUCACAACUCGAUGGUUUUAGAUCGAUAUUAAUCGAUUACCGUAUAACGACUGUCGUCGCAACCUCUAUACAGUUACCAAUAUUUGCUGGUCUAGUUGAUUGUUAAAGAUAAAAUACCACCAUCGAACAGUUAAUUGACCUUUUGUACACCUUAUUACAAUGAUAGAAGGGUCACUGAUGGUUAGUUACGUGUGUUGCAGUUGGUACUGAGAAGUUCAAAUAUCAAAUAAUAUACAUGCCAAGCGUGGCAGAAUUUUAGCCUUAGAACGAAUUUACCAUUUGGUAUUAUUAUAAGAAUCAUCUUCCAUUAUUUUGACAUAUUAUUACCUCUUCACCGACGGAUUAAGUACUUUUAAGUAUUAAGUUUUGUAUUGUUUACUAUAAAAAAUAGUAAAAUAUUAUUUUAUUGCUUA